GGCGCGUUAGGUUAGAAAAAAUCACCCCUCUUCUUUGGCUGAAAACCUCAGGAAGAUAUGGGAUCAUUGAGCCUGGUUUGCCCGAUGUGCUGCGGUGAAACUUUUAACAGCCCGCAGUCCUUGAAGUAUCAUUUAUUAAGCAUUACUGACAAUUUGUAUUGUCCAAGUUGUUCGCAACGUUUUGAUUCUGUUCUGGCUUUGAUUCAACAUUUGGAUCGAUGCGGACAGUCUCCGGAGCCAGAAACGGAAGUUUUUAUGGAGGCAAACGUUCAACAAAUUAACCAUAGUUUCUUGGCUGCUGUUAACAACAAAGAUAUCAUGAUCGUUGGAGAGACAAGAUCUAUUGAAGUUGGUGAUAACGGAGAAAUAAAUGUAAUCCGUAAAAUGGAGGCUGAGGAAGGACAAGUUAGCCCUGUACCACCUGUAUCGGAGGAUGGAAGAGAUUUUUCAGUCUUAGACGAUAGUUUGGAACAUAGAGCUCCAAGUCCAGAGCCACUGGUAGAACUUACCGCUAUGGAUGCUGACCACACAGUGACAGAUAAAAAUAUCCUCACAAUUUUACCUGGGAGUCCAGAACUUCUAGAUAAUGAAGAUAGCAAUUUAAUGGAUACUCCUCAUACGCUUAUGGAAGGUGUUGAUGAUGUUGACGACCUGAGUGAAGCAAGACUUCUUCAAGUGAAGCAAGAACUCUGCGAGGUAAAACUUGAAGAGUUAGAAGCUGAGGCAUUAUAUAGCUGUAGUAGUUGUGGAAUGAGUUUCAACUCUGUUCUGGAGCAUAUCAAACAAUUCCAUGAUGGACAAGAAGUUGUCUUAGAGAUGGCAGAGCAACAGUUAGACGAUUUACCGACACCUGCCUCAGUUAGUCCUCCUGAGGAGCAAACUUCGGUAAUAUCCAAUCGACAACGUCAAAUGAUGAAUACUUUACGAACUGAGGAAUGUGUCGACAGCGAAGGUCGAUUAUAUACAAGAAAAGUUGUACAAAUAGAAAGAUUCUGGGAUCGACCAACAGCAUCGCUUCAACCUGCCAAAGCACCAAUGAUUGAAAAAUUUUUCUCCAAUGUGGAAGGCCUGAAGGUUAGGGACAAGAAUUCGCCGACAGGACCUACCCGGAUGUACCGAUGCAACCAGUGCCUUGAACAUUUUGCAAAGUUGGGAGAUUUUCGAGUUCAUGUCUGCCUCCAUGGCAAUAAUCAAUGCAGCCAUUGUGACCAAGCAUUCGCAACUGCCAGGGCGUUACAACUACAUAUGAAGGUACACGAUAACGAAACUGAUGGGAUGCAGCGUAUGUUUGUCUGUUCUACAUGUGGCACCGAGUUCUCGUCUCAUAAAAGUCUACGGUUACAUUCGCGAAUGCAUGCACCAGUGAGGGCUAGGCAUGUUGACGCUCCCGAAGGCACUCACAGUGCCACCUUUACUUGCCCUGAAUGUGGAAAGACUUUAUCUGAGUCAUACCGAGUAGCACAUAUGGCUCUGCAUUCGGGUGGUUCGGUAACCUGUACCGUGUGUAAUCGUAAAUUCGAUUCCGCGGAUAGUUUGGCGAUGCAUGCGGCAGUACAUAUGGAACCAAGUCAUUCUCACUCACCGACUCCCCCACGAGGUGAAGGCAGUGAUAGCGUAGAUGCUCAGAAGCCUUAUCAGUGCCAGCAUUGUGGUCGUCGCUUUGCUAGACCCCAUGAAAAAGUCAAGCAUGAGCGUAUACACACCGGUGAAAAACCGCACGCCUGUGAAGUAUGUGGAAAGACUUUUCGAGUCUCUUAUUGUCUGACUUUACACAUGCGAACUCACACUGGAGUUCGUCCAUAUGUCUGUCAGCAUUGCGGCAAAAGAUUCAAAGCGUCUUCUGUGUACAAUCACCACUUGCUUACUCAUGGAGAAGAAAGAGCAUACACAUGUCCGUACUGUCCAAAAACUUUCAAGACUCGAGUCCAACUCGCUGGGCAUAAAAAUAGCCACACUAAACCGUUCAGGUGCACUGAAUGUUCCAGACCAUUUGCCUCAUUAUAUGCGGCACGUGCGCACAUACAAACUCAUAAGAAAGACAAUAAUCUUAAAUACAGUUGCUAUAUAUGUGGGGCUUCAUAUGGUAGAGCUUUUGCUUUAAAAGAUCAUUUGAAACAGCAUGGUCAGGACGUGUUAGCCCCUCCUGAACCUGCUAGGGAAGAAGAAGUUCCUGAAGGAGAAGAUUUCUUGCUCGCCGAAGAGGAAGUUGAGGAAGACGAGCUAGUAAUCCCUUCUCCUUUGCCACCGGCCAAUUCUUCUGAUGUGGAAGAAUCGGAUUAAAAAAGGUGUGUGGUAGCUAUUAUCAAGUUCGUUUACGUUUUCUUUGUCUUUAUUACCAGAUAAUACCUGACGUGCUGCAUAGUGAUGUGCACCUUUCUAGCAAACGUCAAAAAGUUUUUGUCUAUAUAAUGUAACAAAAACUUUUAUCUACGUAACUCUGGUAGAUAAUUCAAUACUAGGGUUUCUAUCUGCAUGUGUACUUCCGAUACUAUCUGGUCACAAAAGAGAUAAAAAAAUCUCACAUUGCUGAGUUGAUGUUUCGAUUUCGUCAUAAAAUAAUUGAUGUAAUGUGAUAAAGUUCUGUUGUUGACAAAGAUGUUUUGCAAUUUCAUCAUUCGAAAUGGCUAACUCUUUAUAAACUGAGUUAUUUCCUGCUGUUUGAUCAUUACUACAGCGCUAUGCAUUGCUGAUUGGUCAUGUAUCUAUUCGAACGGAAUUCUUUCUUUGGGUUAACUGUUUUUUUCUAUGUUGCUACAUCAUUUGACAUCGAGAUUAUAUAAUCGAAUCAUUACUCAAAUUGAGCGAUUCUCGUUAUAUGAUUUGCGUUUGUCACACAUAAAAAAAAAUUAAUUAACAUUUUUUCAUUUUAAAUUUCGGAUGCUUGAUGCAUUUUUAACACGCAUUUGAUGAAAAUAACCCAGAUUGAACGACACUACUAAUAAUCGUACUUUGAUAGUUUGAGUUGCAUAAGAUUUGCAAUGGAUUACUAAGUCAAAAUUUGAGGAUAAGUGAAAUAAUUGACCUACAUUAGUAGGACUGACUGAUUAUCGCAUAAUCUUGAGUACAAAAAGUACAUAAUUCUAAAGUAGUGCAAUAGUAGGAAUUAAAAGAUAUUAUUUAUUAUAAAUAACAACCUGCUGUUGUUGCGAUAUUAAUUUAAUUAUUUAAAAGAUUUUCGAUUUAUCAGGGGAAAGGACAAGCUGUAUAAUUCAGAGUAAAUAUACUGUGUACAUGUAUCAAUAUACAUAUAUCUGUAGUUAUGUAAAUACAUGUAUGCUGAACAUAAAGUACCUUAGUGUACCCACUAAUCCGCCAAACGAAAUACUCUAGUAGUAUUACCACUUGAAGUGACACUUAAAUAAUUAAGUAAACAAAAAAGGUGUAACCUGUGAAGUUCAAUAUAGAUAAAUAUACUUUGUUGGAAGUUUGACACUAUUCUUGACACAGUAAAUUGAACAAAUGACUUUGAAUAUUCUAUUCUACGGAGUUUCUAUGCCGUUCAAUUAUUGUUACUUGAUUACAGUGUGCUACUGUAAAUGAGAAAUAAAAAGGUUUUUAAGAUUUGUA